AGGUCUUCAGGAUGGAAGCCAGGUGUGUAGGCGUGUCUGAGGACAGCAGCAGCAGCAGCAGCAGCAGACUCCAGCAGUCAUGGAGGUGGAGGGUACUGCAGAACCAGCCUUCGUGGACGUGGACCAGGGCUUGACUCUGGCCUGCGUCGCCUUCCUCUGUCUGCUGCUGGUGGCCAUGAUCAUCCGCUGCGCCAAGGUCAUCAUGGACCCCUACAGCGCCAUCCCCACCUCUACCUGGGAGGAACAGCACCUGGACGACUGACACACUCAAGCAGACAUUUACAUAACGUGGAUAUAUGUGUUCCUCCAGGCAACCA